GAACAGACUCCGACCUCUCCAGAAUCCCCCCGAGCGCGUCUUCUUCUUCUUCUUCUUCCUCCUCCUCCUCCUCCAAUUCGGAAUCGCCGCUGCGGUUCUGGACCUGCGGAGCUGUCUCUCGCCGCUAGCGGAGCAUGUCGAUCUCGCCGGAGCAUUCGGAUUCCGGCUCCUUCGCCGGCAAGAGCCAGGCCAGGCCGCUGGAGAAGUCCAGCUUCUCCCACACCUGCAGCUUGCUGAGCCAGUACCUGAAGGUGAAGGGCUCCCUCGCCGACCUCAACCUCGGCGUGUCGCCCAGCGCCGACGCAUCCGGUGCACCUGGGAUGACCACCAUGAAUUUGUUCCCGAUUAGCGAAGGCCGCGCUGAUGUGGUCGCUCGAAACCCCGAAUCUCGGAAUGUUAAGUUCAUGGAUUUGUUCCCGCAGCAAGCUGGCUUUGGUUCCACCAAGGAAGACGUUUGUAAGAUGAACAAUUCCAGCUUGAAUAAGAAGGAACUUGAAACUGCACAGAUGACUAUUUUUUAUGCUGGGCAAGUGAUUGUCUUGAAUGAUUUUCCGGCGGAUAAGGCAAAGGAAGUCAUGCUUGCAGCUAGCGAGGCAAGUUCUCUGAGCCAACAUGUGGCAGCGGCGGCGCCUAACUCAGCAAAGUCAAAUCCUGCUUUUGCCCCUAACUCUGCCAAAAAUCCAGUGGAAUCCGGGAUUGUAGUUUCUUCGAGUCCCAUUCCGGUUCCUGCUCUUGGUGCAAAUGCAAUCCAAGAGCACAUCCAUUGCCCCACUGAGCCUCUCGCUUGUGAUUUACCAAUUGCUAGGAGGGCUUCUCUGCACCGGUUCUUCGAGAAAAGAAAGAACAGGCUAACAGCAAGAGCACCGUACAUGACGACCAGCUCAGGGUCAGCAGCAGCUCCUCCUAAGCCGGCGGGAACCGAGCCGUGGCUUGGCUUAGCUGCUCAACCCACGCAGUAGUCGGCACGAGCAGAAGAGAUCAAUCCCCAAAGUUCUUCUUUGGGGAUAUUCUUAUCUUAUAGAUACAGAUAGAUCGGAAGAUUAGCAAAGCCGCCUACCUUAUCUCGUCCUUCUGCUUAGUAAAAGAAUCUUUCUCACUCCAUAGCUCAGCUGUAUAGGGAGCCUGUCACUAAGGACCCUUUUAACUCUCUCUCUUGCUGCUAAAUUUUUGCACUGCAAGACUCCAUUCGAUCUUCAUCGGAUGUAAUCUUUCCUUCCCCUAUUCGUGAAUCUAAUUUGCUGUGAAGAAUCUGGUCUCUCGUUGCUGU